UAGUAGACUUUACAGAUACAUUAGGUGACCCUUAUGGGAACACCGGUGCGGAACAGGUCCAAGUAGGAUGUUGGUAUUCUGUACUAGCAUAUCCACACGUGCUUGCAUCAGUACUGGUCAAUUGGUGGUCCCAAAACCUAAUCCUGGCUGAAUUUAAGUAUCUGCUUUGGGUUUUGGGUACUUGUUUGUUUUUAUCCCUCCUUGUAAGCCUUGAGGCUUGAGAGUUGAUUUGUGCUCUGAUUAAGAUUAUGGGUCCCUAGAUUUUGGCGGUGGAUUUGGGGUGAGGCCAUCUGUUUCUGUGCCGCCUGCAUUCUUUCAUCAUCUCGUUGGCCCGUUUUGAUUUAAUGGCUCAAUACAAGUUGAUCUGGGGACCUCCUUGUUUGACUCUUGUAUCAGCCUUGCUCAGGAUGGGUUAAGAAAAAGGCUUAUUUUUGUAAGCAGUGGGGCUAGGUUGUUUAAACUCUCAGACUCUGUUGCACAGGCCUAAAUCCAUGCUGUGGAUAUCUGAGAGCACUAGAGUUCGUUAUUUUCGCAAUUUAGUUUAAAUUUACGCAUGCAAAAAAUUGACUUGAGUUGCUCCUGUGCAUCACCUUGUACAUAACACACAGUUUUAAAGUAGCUGCUGUUGAAAUAUUAAAGAGCAAAAUAAAGAGACAACAGAAAUCUACUCAAAAUGAUGAGUAUAAAGGACUACAUAUUUUUAAAGACACCAUGGGGAGAAAAAUCUCUGAAUUCCAAUAAAAGACAUAAGGGGGAAAGGAAUUAAUUUUGGAUUUGCUAUUUCUCUAUUUACUUUUGAUAGAGUCACUGUAUUACCCGGACUAUACAGCGCUGUUUUUUUUUUUGCUCGUCUAGCUGGUCCUGCAACUUGUGUUCCAAAACGACUUUAUACAAUGUAAUUUUGUUGAACGAAUAUACUGCAUUUCAACCAAGACCAGUAGAUAGCACUGUUUAAUCUUGUGACUCAAUUGAGAACACUACCGCCGUGUAAAUGCAACUUACUGUGCAUUUUAACUGAAGGCGAAGCGAAAUGUUGCUUUGUUUUCCUUACGCGGGUUUGAUCGCUUGCCUGCAAAAUGAACAAGCGAAUUUUGUGCCACGUCACAGGAAGCGUUUUUGAUAAAUGAUGUAAAUGCAUCAAACACUAUUAUUACGCAUGUGCAUUGACUCUUAUUUAUAUUGAACUAUGAUUUGUGUUUUGUAUGCUGGCGACCGGCACAAUACACAAGUCUCACCAUGCUUGGCUGUUAAUGUUCUUACCAAAGUGAGAUGUUUCUGGAUCAUAUUUAACAAAUACGUUAUAGGAUCAUUCUAUUAUUCUCAUCUCGUCUCAUCAUCAGCCGCUUCUCCGCGGUUGGAUUGCGGUGGCAGCAAGCUACAUAGGGCACUCCAGAUGUCCCUCUCCCCAGCAACCCCCUCCAGGUCCUCCUGGGGGAUUCCAAGGCGUUCCCAGGCCAGAUUGGACAUGUAGUCCCUCCAGCGAGUUCUGGGUCUACCCCGGGGUCUCCUCCCUGUUGGACGUGCCCGGAAAACCUCUAAAGGAAGGCGCCCAGGAGGCAUCCUGAUCAGAUGCCCGAACCACCUCGACUGGCAUCCUAUUAUUCUCUCUUGUAGUCCAUCCAUCCAUUAUCCGAACCGCUUAUCCUGCUCUCGGGGUCACGGGGAUGCUGGAGCCUAUCCCGGUACUGAUUGGGCGGCAGGUGGGGAGACACCCUGGACAGGCUGCCAGGCCAUCACAGGGCCGACAUACGCACACGCACACACAUUCAUACCUAGGGACAAUGUAGUACGGCCGAUUCACCUGACCUACAUGUCUUUGGACUGUGGAAGGAAACCGGAGCCCCCGGAGGAAACCCACGCCAACAUGGGGAGAACACGCAAACUCCACACAUAGGACGACCUGGGGUGACCCCCAAGUUUGGACUACCCCGGGGCUCGAACCCAUGACCUUUUUGCUGUGAGGCGACCAUGCUAACCACUGCACCAUCGUGCCGCCCUGUACUGUAUUACUUUACAAAAAAAAAAAGAAAGAAAUCUGCUCUACAGGAGCCGGCUCACAUCAUUCACCUAUGGGAGCCGGCUCAUAGAGCCGUCUUGUUUGUGACCAACACAUCACGACUAAAAAGUAAGUCAUAAAUUUGUAAGUUCAUCAUAAGAUAUCUUGCGAUCUUAUCUCACGUUCAUGGAUCAGCGACAGAAAGUGCCCUGGCUGUGCUUGGAAGUCCUACCGGACCUGGCGUCGACAGUCAGUUUGGGUGCAUAGCAUCAACCUGAGACCUGAUUAGCUUGUCCUCCAUCUUGACUGAAGAGAUUUCUGUAAAAGGGGUGUGGCUUGUACUUGGUGAUUGGCGUUUGCAAGGCGAAACGUUAGCUCAAGUUGAAAUUUUUAUUCACUCGAGCAAACACCCGUCGCCUAUUUCGCAAUGCUUGUAGUUUCGCCGCGAUUAACUCCGUCCAUUCUCUCCUAUAUCGUUGACUUUUCACACAUUUGCACUGCUCGUGAAUUUUGCUUCGCAUUCAGUUAAAGCACGCCUUUUAUACACCGAAGCGCCUUAUAUAUGUUUUUUCCUCACAACACGUUUUUUUCUGAGUGCAACUUUAUACUCCGGUGCGACUUUUAGUCCGGGAAAUAUGGUACUAUUUUUCCCAUUUUUCAUCUGCAGCCUUUUUGAUUUAUUAGGUCUGAGGUCUAGGGCUGUUGUCAUACACUUGCAUGCAAAUUUAGACGACUCCGUAAUACAUGAUAAAAGCGAUCAGCUUUUGUUUCAUAACAAAGAGGUCCUGGACGUCAUGUCCGUGCAGAGUAAUCUGCACUCCUGAAAAGCCCAACCCUUAAGGCUAGGGCUUUCCCGCCUAUUUCCUAAACUUAGCCACACCUCUGUCCACAUUCUACUGCAUUCUCUGUAUGUGGGGCUUUACUUCCGCAGUCACGGUUGCACUGGAGGUGGUGGAGAGAAGUCUGCUGGAUACAAAGUGAGACACAGGAUCCUCAUUGCCUUCGCUCCCGUCUUCACCAGCCAGUCCUGACAGUUGUUUACAGAUUGGGAAAGAAGAGGCGAUUCAUUCUCUGCAGCCCCGCCACCCUUGUCAACAGCAAGCCAGAGCCAAGGAUGCAGGAGUCUAAAAGAAGAAUGACCAUGGAUUUUUCCCAUCUACACACAUACACGCCGCCACAGUGUGCUCCAGAGAACACCGGCUAUACUUACUCCCUCAGCUCCAGCUACUUGACAGCGGCUCUAGAGUUUGAGAAGGAGCACCAGAUCGCGCCGGUGUUUGAUUCGCCUAGGAUGUCACGGCGUAGCCUGCGUCUGCAGACCGGCGCCGGUCUCUAUGCCAACAACAGCUUGGCAGACUACUCCCAGAACCAUAGUAGCAGCAGCGUCAGCUACUCCAGCAACAGGAGGGAAGCACGGACGGUACGCAGCAGAAAACAGCAGUCCAGUUCCAGCUCUAAAUCUUUGUCCCUCAGCCAGGCCAAUACACCGAGGAAAGCCCUGUCUUUCUCAGCCACAAACACCCCAAUCAGCAGUGACGCCGUUCACCAAAGCAACACUGCCAGCGACGCCUCCCUGCUCACCUCCAUCACUGACCAGACCGGCCUGAGGCAGCGCACCACCACCACUACCACCACUACAACCGUUAAUAGAUAUUGGGGGUCGAGUCAGGAUGCUGAAGUCACAGGGAGAAGUUCCAGCAUGGACCACAGCUCAUCGGGUGUCAAUGGAGACGCCAGCGCCAGUGUGUCAAAAUGCCACUCUACAGUCGUUAAUGGUUACAUCUGUAAAGACUGCUCCAUACACUCUCAUCGGACAGAUGCCCUCACCACGCACUCUUCAUCCUCUUCAUCACUGCAAGCAGCUGAGGCUGCCAGCGGCGCUUUCUCGUUCUCUUCCUCACCAUCCUCAAGCAUAUACUCCCGAGACAAGAGUCGGCGAAACAAGACAGGUGUCCUGAUGUCUAUGUCUAACAGGUGUAUGGGUUACAGCAGAAGAGCCCUGGCCCCCAUAGUGUCGUUAGUCACCCUGCUCUUCAACAGUGUGCUAUGGCUGGGUUCAGGGGCCAAAAGCCCACCAGGAAAAGGUGUCCUGGCAUCCUUCUCAGACUCGAUGAGACGAGCCGUUUCCUCAAGUGUGUCCAACCUGUGGCUGUUAAAGCAGAGCACUCUCCACAGGAUGAUGGGCCACAAAGCCAAAGGUUAUGAAGGAGAAGCUCACUCUAGUUUCUGUGGAAGCAUGAAUGUGAAAGAUCUGGUGACUGGGGACGCAUCACAUCUUGAUCUAAAUGGUUCUCUAUGUGAUGACUGUAAAGGGAAGCAGUAUUCUGAGACACACACCGUCCUCCACGCACAGUCCUCCAGGCCCCGGCGCCUGGCGGGGGCGCUGUGGGGCCUCUUGGCUUACACAGCUUCCUGUCUGCUCCAGCCAGCCUACUGUGUAGCGAGAAAAGCCAAAGCAGUAGGAUCAGGGGCUGGAACGGUGGUCCGGAGGCUGCUCUCGUUGCUGUGGUUGCUCCUCGUGGCUCCAGUGAAGGCCGGCAGGGGAUUACUCUGGUUUCUUGCGAUAGGAUGGUACCAGCUGGUGUCUCUAGUAUCUCUCCUCAAUGUCUUUUUUCUGACACGAUGCCUGCCCAAACUGUGGAAGCUCCUGCUCCUCCUCCUGCCUCUCUUGCUACUCUUGGCUUUAUGGCUUUGGGGUCCGUCCACUGCCGUGCUUCUUGCCUACCUCCCGGCUAUAAACUUGACAGAGUGGCGCGCUGUGUCUCCCCUCCCCCUCUUGUCUAAUCUAGUCCCGGCCUCUGCCCCUGUUCCUGCCUCAGUCCCCACACCAGCGACUAUGCUGGAUCACACCCCUACAACCCCUGUCUCGCCGGCACCGCCGGUCCUCCCCCCCGUGGUUGUCUCCAGCUUAGACUUGGAGCGUCUCGAACGGGUGGAGCGCCAGUUGACCCUGCUGUGGGAGAAGGUCCAGGAAGGUGAUCAGAGGCGGGAGUUGCAUCACAAAGACACACUGGGCCUCUACAACAGCCUGAAAGAGCAGCUUCACACCCAGACAGACAGGGAGAGCCUGGGCAUCUGGGUCUCCUCCCUGCUGGAGCAAAGGCUCAGCCUGCUGCGAGGGGAGCUGGAGCUGGAGAACACAGAAAGGGCAAAAAGUGACGGGGAACACAGGCAGCAGCAGCAGAGUCAGGCAGCACGACUGGCUGAGGUGGAAAAGCUGCUCACCCUUCUGGUUGCCAAGACUGAGAAAGUGCAACAGAGGCAGCAGCAGUAUGAGGAGAAAGAGGAGAAAGAGAAAGAGGCAGCUUCUCCAUCACCAACUCCACCUCCUGUCAGUGUGGGUGUGAAGCAGGAGGACCACGAUGCUCUGCUGACAGAGGUGCACAGACUUGAGGCAGAGCUGACCAGGAUCAGGCAGGACCUGCAGGGAGUUCUGGGAUGUAAGGGCAAGUGUGAGCAGCUGGACACACUCCAUGAGAUGGUAUCGGCCCAGGUGUCAGCCCAGGUAUCCUCCCAGAUGCGUAAGGAGUUGCAGGUUCUGUUUUUUGGGAGUGGUCAGACUGAAGAGGGCCAGGGAGAGGUGCCUGAGGCCCUGAUCCACUGGCUCUCCCAGCGCUAUGUGAGCGUGCCUGACCUGCAGGCCUUGCUGGCCUCCCUGGAGCUAAGCAUCCUGAGGAAUGUGUCCCUACAGCUGGAGCAGACCAGAGCCCAGACCCUGGUUGAAGCUGAGGCCCAGUCUAAGACCAUCUCCCAGACGGUCACCAAGAGUGUCCAGCAUACUGCCACUGUGGCGGGAAUGACUGAAGAGCAAGUGCAACUGAUUGUCCAGAAUGCACUGAAACUCUACUCUCAGGAUCGAACAGGCCUGGUGGACUAUGCCCUUGAGUCUGGAGGCGGCAGCAUCCUGAGCACCCGCUGCUCAGAGACCUAUGAAACCAAGACAGCCCUCAUGAGUCUGUUCGGCCUUCCCCUGUGGUACUUCUCCCAGUCGCCACGCGUUGUCAUUCAGCCUGAUGUGUACCCAGGUAACUGCUGGGCAUUCAAAGGCUCUCAGGGCUACCUGGUGAUUCGGUUGUCCCUAAGGAUCCUGCCCACAGCCUUUUGUCUGGAGCAUAUUUCCAAGGCCCUGUCCCCAACAGGGAACAUCACCAGUGCCCCACGCAACUUCACUGUCUUUGGUCUUGAUGAUGAGUACCAAGAGGAAGGCAAGCUGUUGGGACAUUACACAUACCAGGAGGAUGGGGACUCACUGCAGACUUUCCCCGUCAUGGAGCAGAAUGACAAGGCCUUUCAGAUCAUUGAAGUGCGGGUGUUGACUAACUGGGGCCAUCCAGAGUACACCUGCCUGUACCGUUUCAGGGUCCAUGGUGAACCACGUCCCCAAUGAACCCACCACUUAAAAGAACCAUGCACCCUCAUAGAGUACAUAUCAUCCUAUCUGUAAAUAGCUGUGGAUAAAUUGAGAGGAAUUGGAAAAAGAAGUGGACAUUUUUAUACACAAGACUUUAUGGGGGGGGGGGGGGGGACAAUUUGUGUGUUUUCAACGGAAUGUGCCCAGAGAGAAUCAAGAAAAGUUGCUUUGUAUGCAGUACUGAAAAGGAUCAUGGAAAAGACUUUUUUUUUUCAGGGAUCAUGAAAGCGUGUUAGGAUGUUGGAAGAAGCGAAAUGUCCCAAUCCCUCUUCUGAAACUGCCUCUUGCACUGAAUCCGUUCUCCAGGCCCCAGGGGACAUGGCAGAUUUUUUUUUGUGAUUUUUUUGAUAUACUUUUAUUAAUCCCCGUGAGGAAAUUCUCCGCGUUUAACCCAUCCUAGCUGUGUAGCUAGGAGCAGUGGGCAGCCGCCGAGCAGCACCCGGGGAAAAGAGAAACCCUUCCCUGCUUUCAGCACCCGCUGCUUCUACAAGAGCUCAGAAUAUUGGAGUGGGGGACCUCAAACUUGGCUCUUUCAUUUGCCCCCAUCUCUGUGCCCUUAUUCUCACCUGGUUUUGUGUUUUCGAUUGUGAGUGUUACAACGUAGACUCUCUGUAUGGGUCUACGGUGGAUUUUUCCAGGAUUAAAGCCACAAUAACUUGCCUCUGCCGCUGCUGUCCAAUAAUGUCUCUCCGUUCAUUGCCCGACCUCUAUAGCAAUUUCACUGCUGCCGUUGCUAAAGGCAGUAUGCUAGAUGACAUCACACUCACAGUGGGCGUAUGAUGGACAAUUAAAAAAUGCUAAUGUUGUUACCUAAACUCUAGGCAGUUCCUACGGCACGGCCUGGCAUCACGCAUCCAUACAGCCGACUCUUAGGCUCUCACGUCUGGAAGUUCCCAUGCAGCAUACGGAUAGGCUUUGAAUGUGUUCCCCAGAGAAGGCUUGGUUCAAGUUAUCCUUGAUCUGCCUGCACCGCUACACUAGAAGUCACCACCCCAAGCUACAUGAAGAUAGAAUAUUAAGAGUCUGGUAGUGUGUGAAUUUAACUACCUGGGCAAAGUGUAAAAAAAAAAAAGUGUAGACAAAGUGGCCUGUCCAGGGGUGUCUCCCACCUGCUGCCCAAUGACUGCUGGGAUAGGCUCCAGCAUCCCCACGACCCGAAUUCAGAAAAGCGGCUUGGAUAAUGGCGGGGUGAACAAAGUGUGUGCAUGGAGAUGGACAAACUCUAAAAGUGAAUCGUAGCAUGAAGCUCGUGUACCUUACUCGGGCUUUUACUCGCAUCAUGGUUUCACAGUAACAUUGGAGGGUGAUCUCUGAAGGUUGUUUCUUGAACAUGGACGUCAUAAUACUAUUCUACCUUGGGAAACAAAGGUAACCAUAACCACCCCUACAAGCAGAAUGAGGGUGAUGCCGAGCAGCUGACAAAAACCCCCAGCUGCCUCCAGCGCAGUUCUAAACGUCCCCCUCAUCAGGGCUCCCUCUAAUCACAUACCCUGAAGGAAUGUAUUCUGUAAAUUUCAUUUUUUAUAGUCCUUUUUAUUAUACCUGCUUUUAUCAGUGUUGCUUUGCAAAAGCAUUUUUGUUGUAAUAUUGCUAUCAUGGUUAUGAUUUGUACUGUUGCUCAUUGUACUGUUUUCCUUUGGAUGGUUGGGUAUGUCACAGGAUGCACUGUUGAAAUUUUGUUUAGGAAUUGUUUGUUGCACAAGUCUAAACAAUUUAUGGUUAAAAAGACAAUAAAACGAAGGUGUAUAGUUACCGGUUCUAUUUUCACAGAUGAGGAGGUGAGAAAUGUUGUGUAAAAAAUAUUUGUUCAUGAUCCUAUUUAUUACCAAGUCAAUAAAGGACUUCAAGAUAGGACUUAGUGCAAUGUAUAUUUUGUCAUAUGCUAUUCAGUGCAUUUUGGAUCCAUCUUGGGACAGUGAGAAAUUUUCCUUUUUGUUUUGUUAUUAGACGAAUUGUUUAUAUUUUUUGUUCCGCUGUCAUAUGAUAGCCUAACAGCUUUGGAAAUGUUCCAAUAAAGACUUAAAUUUUGUGAA